GAUAGGUGACGCUGAAACCAGCCCCUACUUUUUGAAGAGAGUAUUUGCACUUCCUGAAUUGGAUUAAGUGAUUAUGUGCUAUCAUAUAAGUAUAAUUUUCACUUAUCAAUAUUGUGCCUAUCCAGUUUGAUAUUUUAAUUAUGAAGUUUGAUAUAUGAGUUAUUUAUUUAUACAAUCAUGGAGAAAGAAAGAUUUACAAUGCUUCUUUUGGAGCCAGGAGAAAUAUUUUUUGAAGAUUAUAGUGGUCAGAUGAGCAAGUUAGAUGGUUCAUCUUGUGAAGCUAAAGUAUGGAUGGAUGGAAGAUUAAAAUUAUGCUCAAAAUCUUUGGUAUUUGUAAAUAAAGAUAUUAAUCAACCACUAAUCAAGAUUCAAUUUAAAGAAAUUACAUCUAUUGAGCAAUGUGUAUCAAGCAACAAUAUAGCAAAUAAUAUGAUGUCAGUGGAUUGUAAACAACAUGUGGAAAUGCUAGAGAAAAAUAUUUUAGCACCAUACAAAUUUAUACAUCAUAAUUGUAUUUUACACUUUUGUUUUAAUUAUGCAAAAAUAGAAAAUUGUCUUCCACAAAUUUUGCAAUUGCAUAGAGCAGCGAGUUUAGUAACUGCGGAACAAAAUGCUAUGAUUAUGGCUAUUGUACACUCUAGACAAUCUCGCGUGUCUUUUGACACGUCAUGGCUCGAAGAUUUGUAUGAGCAAGUGGUCUUAGAGACGCAAGCGAACAAAGUAUUGCCACUUGUAAUAAAUCCGGGCAGAGUGUUACUGACCACCUCAAGAAUUUAUUUUCAGCCAUACAAUAAUAUGGAUCAGCAUCCUGUCCUUAAGAUUCAACUGAAAGAUAUACGAAAUAUUAUAAAGAGGAGAUUUCUAUUGCGACAAGUGGGUCUUGAAAUUAAAUGGACACGACAAAUGGAUAAUAAAGUCGAACAUUUUUUUCUGUCAUUUCAAAAUCAAGAUGACAGAGACAAAUUAUAUGAAAAUUUACUUCAACAAUCAGUGGUUUCUUUGGAAGUUAUACCACAAAAUCAAAUGACAAUGAGAUGGCAAAAUGGAUAUUUAUCAAAUUACGAUUACAUUUUAUAUGUAAACAGUUUGGCAGACAGAACAUUUCACGAUUUAACACAGUACCCAGUAUUGCCUUGGAUUAUACAAGAUUAUACUUCCACUACAUUAGAUUUAAAGGAUACCAAUGUUUAUAGAGAUCUUUCAAAACCUAUUGGCGCAUUAAAUCCUAUUCGUCUGGAAAGGUUAAAAGAACGAUAUUCAGAAAUGUCUGAUCCAAAGUUUUUAUAUGGUUCUCAUUACAGUGCACCAGGUUUUGUACUGUUCUACUUAGUACGCAAAUAUCCUCAGUACAUGCUCUGUCUACAAAACGGAAGGUUUGAUCACCCAGACAGAAUGUUCAACAGUAUAGCCGACGUGUGGAAGAAUGUUUUGGCGAACAUGUCUGACUUUAAAGAACUAAUACCGGAGUUUUAUGAUACGAGCAAUAGUGGUGACUUUCUAGUGAACAGUUACGGUAUCGACUUUGGUUAUCGACACGAUGGCACCAAGAUAGGUGAUGUGCAACUUCCUCCUUGGGCGAAAGAUCCAUCUGAUUUUGUACAACAAUUAAAAAAUGCCCUAGAGAGCGAUUAUGUUUCUCAAAAUCUUCAUCAUUGGAUCGAUUUAAUUUUUGGAUAUAAACAAAGAGGAAUUGAAGCUGAAAAAGCUGACAACGUAUUUUUCCAUUUGUGCUACGAAGGAGCAGUAGACUUGGACACUAUACGAGAUAUAAACGACAGACAUGGGCUUGAGGUGCAAAUUAUGGAAUUUGGUCAAAUACCAAAGCAAGUUUUCACCCUGCCUCACCCGAAUCGUUUGACAUCAGCUCCAAAUCUAUUGCACAGCGAAACAUUAUUGACAUCGCUGGAAACAACGACUUCAGGCAAUGCAUGUGUAAAAGAAAGAUCACUUAAUUUCACAGAGUUAGUAGUGUUUCAAGCGCACAAAGACUGCGUCAGCAGUAUUGUACGAAAAAAUAUGAGAACGAGUAAUGAAAUCAUAUCAGUAGGACAGGAUGGAAUGCUUAAAUUGUAUAAUAUAAGCGAGAGAAAAUUGACACGUAGCGUUACCUUAUCCUCGUUGUCGCUAUCGUCUUGUAUAUCGUAUUAUACACCGUCGGAACGUAAUAUUCUUGUAGCAGGAUCAUGGGACAAUACCUUGAUAUUUUAUGAUAUUGAAUUUGGCAGAGUAAUCGAUGUUUUGCAAGGGCAUGAAGAUGCGGUGUCGUGUUUAGCGUGGAACGCUACAUAUCAAGUCAUUAUAUCUGGAUCGUGGGAUUGCACUGCAAAAGUUUGGCACGGAUACACUUCCGGGUCAAAAAUUAAACCUACAGACUGCUUUAUCGCGCAAUUAGAUCAUGAUUCCAAAGUAACUUGCAUUAAUAUAUCGAGUGAUGACACUAUGUUGGUAUCCGGUACAGAAGAUGGCGAAUUAUGUUUGUGGAAUAUGGAUGGUUACAAUUUACAAUCCACCAUCAAAGGCCAUGCAUGUGGGAUAAAUGCAAUAACGUUCGAUAAACAGUGCAGCAGUGUGAUAUCAUGUGCAGAAGACAAAAUAUUAAGUAUAAUCGACAUUCGAACGAGCACACAGAUAUAUUCUGUUAGUUUAGAGAGUGUACCAUUGACAUUAACGUGGAUGGGAACGUUCCUACUGAUAGGCGACAUUGAUGGAAAUCUUAACAUAUGGAAUCAUCAGGGAGCUAUGUUUGUUUCGCAAAUACAUUGCCACGAUGGGCCACUUUGUGCGUUAGCUGUGUCCGCUGAUGCUAACUUGAUAAUAACAGGCGGGAAAGACAGAAAAGUUAUCGUGUGGGAAUGCCGCAGUUAAUGAGACAGUAUUAUUAAUGAUCACGGUUAGCAUAUGAAGGAAAUUUUAUGGAAAAAGAUAUACAGGGCUAUCAUUUUUCUAGUAACAAUAUUUUAUUACUUGUGUG